AUGGGGGAAGCCGGGCAAGAGAUGAUGGAUUUCGCGGCGCUGGUUGGGCGCGCUACCGAGGAAUCCUAUGUCUCGCUCAAGGAAUUGGUGGAGAAAUCGAAAUCCUCAGAGUCGUUAUCGGACUCGGAGAAGAAGAUUAUGAUUUUGAAGUACAUUGUCAAGACCCAGCAGCGGAUGCUUCGCCUCAAUGUCCUGGCCAAGUGGUGCCAGCAGGUUCCUUUGAUACAAUACUGUCAACAACUUGCAUCAACUUUAUCAAGUCAUGACACUUGCUUCACUCAAGCUGCAGAUUCCAUGUUUUUUAUGCACGAAGGGCUACAACAAGCUCGUGCUCCUAUUUAUGAUGUCCCGUCUGCCAUUGAGGUACUUCUUGGUGGAACUUAUCAGCGUUUACCUAAAUGCAUAGAAGAUGUUGGUGCACAGAGCACGCUGAAUGAGGAUCAGCAAGGUCCAGCAUUGAAGAAACUCGAGAUACUUGUUAGAUCAAAGUUGCUUGAGAUUGCACUUCCAAAAGAAAUUACUGAAAUAAAAGUUUCUGAUGGUGUUGUUUUGCUCCGAGUUGAUGGGGAAUUCAAAGUUCUUGUCACACUUGGUUAUCGAGGUCACUUGUCGAUGUGGAGAAUUUUACAUUUGGAGUUGCUUGUUGGUGAGAGAAGUGGGCCCGUGAAGCUGGAAGAAUCACGAAGACAUGCUCUUGGAGAUGAUUUGGAACGUAGAAUGGCUGCCUCAGAUAACCCAUUCAUGACGAUGUAUUCCAUUCUUCAUGAGCUCUGUGUUGCUCUUGUUAUGGAUACUGUUAUAAGACAAGUGCAAGCACUCCGACAGGGUAGAUGGAGAGACGCAAUUCGUUUUGAACUUAUAUCUGAUGGUACUAUUGGCCAUGGAACAAGCAUUGCAUCCACCCAUGGCACUCAAGAUGUAGAAAUUGAUUCAACUGGCCUAAGGACUCCUGGAGUGAAAGUAAUGUACUGGAUAGAUCUUGAAAAAAGCACAGGAACGACUGACGUUGGAGCAUCUCCAUUCUUAAAGCUUGAGCCAGGUCUGGAUUUGCAGAUUAAGUGUUUGCAUAGCACAUUUGUAAUUGAUCCGCAAUCUGGCAAGGAAGCAGAGUUUAACUUGGACCCAAGUUGCAUUGAUGUUGAGAUGUUACUGCUCAGAGCCAUUGGCUGUAAUCGAUACACGCGCCUGCUUGAGAUUUACAAGGAAGUCGAGAAGAAUGGACAGAUCAAUAGGACUUCUGGUGAUGUCCAACUUCAAUUUUUUUUGGAUGCUUCCGAAAAGAAAAAACAGAUUGAUAAUGCAGCUGAUUUACAAAAGCAUGGCGGCCAGGAAAUCCUGCUCGUGCGUGCCUAUGGUUCUUCAUUUUUCACUCUUGGAAUCGGCAUAAGGAAUGGUCGUUUUCUUCUUCGCUCUUCCAAAAAUAUUUUAUCAUCAAAGGCUUUGCUUGAGUGUGAAGAAGCACUGAACCAGGGAAGCAUAACUGCAGCCAAGGCAUUUGUUAACUUGAGGAGAAAUAGUAUAUUGCAUUUAUUCGCAUGCAUUGGACGGUUCUUGGGUCUUGAGGUAUUCGAACAUGGAUUUAUGCCGGCGAAACUGCCUAAGAACAUUUUAGAUGAUUCAAAUUCAUUGAUCAUGGGAUUCCCAGAGUGUGGGAGCUCUUAUUUCUUGUUGAUGCAGCUCGACAAGGAAUUCAGACCUUGUCCAAAGUUAGUAGAAGCCCAGGUAGAUUCCUCGGGAAAAGCUGAACCUUUUGGUGACGUGAGCACAGCGAGUCGAGUUAAAGAUUUGGACAUUAGUCAUAUGCACAUGUAUCAAGAUGAAAUAAAUAUGAGUCUUCUUGACUGCACGAUGUCAUCUAGUUUCAAUGAUGGUAAUGCUAAUGAGAUUUGUGGUCAUGGUCCUCCGUCUAAGUUCAGCUUCGAAUGUUCAAUGCUUUCUUCUCAUAUACCCAAAAGUUUCUCAUCUAUCGUAGAUGAGGCAUUUGAGCUUGAGAAAGGGUCAAAUGUACAGAGCAUCUCUUCUAUAUCCGGCCUGCCCUCUGCGUCUCAAUUUGGCUUGGAUACUAUGAAUUAUAAUGACACCAAACGUUCAAUAUCAUCCCCAGACUGGGAAGGAGCACCUACAUCACAAAAUGCUGUGGGCAGUUUCAAGAGAUCCUCAAAAUCUGGUUCCACCAGCUCACUUGUCACGACUUCGGUGAAAAAUCAAGCUGUGCCAAAAUUGACAGCUUCAAAGUCAGAUCAGGACUUGUCAGCUCUCAAAUCUCCUCAUUCUAGUGCCUUUGGUUCUCGUGGUAUAUUGGACAAGGAUAAGCUAAUUGUAUCUGGGGUUUCCUCUGCUAGGUUCUUCUCUCCACCCCGUCACACAGGUCGUCUGGUUUCAACAGUGAGUGUAAAUGGUAAUGAAUUUAACGAAUGGGUUGCUUCUCCCAUAUCUUUGACACUUGAUUCUGCUGUUCCUGAGAACUCGAAUCAAGAAAGUGUUCCUCAAAAUGACGGAUCGUCCCGAAAACGUAGUGUGUCAGAUAUGAUGAAAUCACUUCCUUCGCUUCAUUGUUUAGAAGUUAAUGAUGCAUCGAAUAAGAGAAGGAAAAUCCAGAGAGUGCCAAAUUCUCAGCGUCCUCCUACACAGUCUCUCGUUUCUUGCGACCAUCCUAGUAAAACUGAAGUGUACAAUUUUGCCGAUCUUAUAGCUGAAGCAAACAAGGGAAAUGCACCCCCAAGUAUUUAUGUUUCUACUCUUCUUCACAUAGUCAGACAUUGUUCACUAUGUAUAAAACAUGCCCGCUUGAUUAGUCAGAUGGAGGCACUUGACAUCCCCUUUGUUGAAGAAGUGGGUCUCAGAAGUGCAUCCUCAAACUUGUGGUUCCGCUUGCCUUUAUCAAGAGGUGACACAUGGCAACAUGUAUGUUUGAGACUGGGAAGACCUGGAAGCUUAUAUUGGGAUGUGAAAAUUAUUGACCCACACUAUAAAGACUUGUGGGAACUUCAAAAAGGGUGCAAUACUACACCUUGGGGUUCUGGUGUACGAAUAGCUAAUACAGCUGAUGUGGAUUCUCACAUCCAUUAUGAUUCUGAAGGUGUUGUAUUGAGUUACUAUUCUGUGGAGGCCGACAGUAUUAAGACGUUGGUUGCGGAUAUACAAAGGCUUUCCAAUGCCAGAACUUUUGCCUUGAAAAUGCGAAAACUACUUGGGCCAAGGACUGAUGACAAGCCGGAUGAGAGUGAUGCCUGCUUAGAGAGCAAAUCUCCUGCUGGAUUGAAAACUGUUGCGGAGGGCUCUGAAAAGUUCUCUGGGCAGAUGAGAAAAGCUUUUAGAAUUGAAGCUGUUGGUUUGAUGAGUUUGUGGUUCAGUUUUGGUUCAGGGGUUCUUGCUCGCUUUGUUGUUGAGUGGGAGUCUGGAAAAGAGGGCUGCAGAAUGCAUGUUACUCCUGACCAACUUUGGCCCCAUACUAAGUUUCUCGAAGAAUUCAUCAAUGGAGGUGAAGUAGCAUCGCUUUUGGAUUGCAUCCGACUCACUGCUGGGCCAUUGCACGCUCUUGCUGCUGCUACCCGGCCUGCACGAGCUGCUCCAGUUUCUGGAGUUCCCGGCAUACCAGCCGCUGUUUCUUCUACUCUAAAGCAGAAUGGAAAUUUGCCCACACAGAGCCUAACAAGCAAUUCCAACACAAAUCAUAUUCAAGCUUCAUCUGGUCCUGGAGGAAAUCCUACCGCACCGACACCAUCAGGCCCCAUUGGAAGUCACAACACAGCAGCCGUGUUAGCAGCAGCUGCAGCAGCUGCCGCAGCUGCUGGUAGAGGGGGACCGGGCAUUGUUCCCAGUUCAUUGUUACCUAUUGAUGUUUCUGUAGUGCUUAGAGGCCCAUACUGGAUUCGGAUCAUAUACCGCAAAAACUUUGCAGUGGACAUGCGGUGUUUUGCUGGGGAUCAGGUCUGGUUGCAACCAGCUACGCCACCAAAAGUCGGCCCUCCGGUUGGAGGUUCACUUCCAUGUCCACAAUUCCGUCCUUUUAUCAUGGAGCAUGUUGCCCAAGAACUGAAUGGCAUAGAUUCUAAUUUCCCAGCUUUCUCCAGCUCGAAUAACCCCCAUCUCAGUUCGACUCCUCCACAGCUACCAGGUGCUGCUGGAAACAGAGCAAACCCAAGUACUGGUGCAAUAUCUCGUCCAGGAAAUGCAAUAGCUCCUUUGAAUCGCAUGGGAAAUGCUCUUCCGGGCUCCUCCAAUUUGCCUGUAGUCAGCCCAUUACGUAGACCACCGGGUUCCGGGGUCCCAGCCCAUGUUAGGGGAGAGCUUAAUACUGCUAUAAUUGGACUUGGGGAUGAUGGUGGCUAUGGUGGUGGAUGGGUUCCACUCGUGGCUCUUAAGAAGGUCCUUAGAGGUAUUCUGAAGUAUCUGGGAGUGCUCUGGCUGUUUGCACAAUUACCUGAUCUUUUGAAAGAGAUCCUCGGAUCAAUUUUGAAGGACAACGAAGGUGCAUUAUUGAAUUUGGAUCAAGAGCAACCAGCCUUGCGCUUCUUUGUUGGAGGCUAUGUGUUUGCUGUUAGCGUCCACAGAGUCCAACUUCUGCUCCAAGUCCUCAGCGUAAAAAGGUUUCACCAUUCUCAACAGCAGCAACAAAACUCAGGCACUGCCCAAGAGGAAUUAACUCAAUCAGAAAUCGGGGAGAUUUGCGAUUACUUUAGUCGGCGCGUCGCAUCAGAGCCCUACGAUGCUUCCCGCGUUGCUUCCUUUAUUACCCUUUUGACCCUACCGAUUUCUGUACUAAGAGAAUUUCUAAAACUGAUAGCGUGGAAGAAAGGAUUAGGCCAUGGUCAAGGAGUCGAUGCAGCCCCCACGCAGAAAUCCCGUAUCGAGCUUUGCCUCGAGAACCACGGGGGAUUCAGCAGGGAAGGGAAGCCCGAGAGCCCGCCCGUUGUGUCCAAGAGCAACAUCCACUAUGAUAGGGCCCACAACUCGGUUGACUUUGCAUUGACUGUGGUUCUCGACCCGGCCCACAUCCCCCACGUAAAUGCAGCCGGCGGUGCUGCAUGGCUGCCUUAUUGUGUGUCGGUUAGAUUAAGGUAUUCGUUCGGUGAAAGUCCUGUUGUGUCCUUUAUCGGGAUGGAGGGAAGCCAUGGGACCCGCGCCUGCUGGCCGCGAGUUGAGGACUGGGACAAGUGCAAGCAGCGAGUGGGUCGGGCUGUGGAGGUGAAUGGGUCGUCGGGUGGGGACACCAAUCAGGGAAGGCUGAGGGUUGUUGCUGAUAGUGUGCAGAGGACUUUACAGGCGUGCCUUCAGGGUCUAAGAGAUGGAAUAUGA